AUGUUGCAAAUCAUGGGCCGAGCUGGACGACCCCAGUUCGACGACCAGGGGGUUGCUGUGAUUUUGGCCGAAGAGGGGCUUUCAGCACGCUGGCAGCAACUGCUGGAAGGUCGGCCUCUUGAGAGCAACCUGCCGGAACGGCUUACCGAGGCUUUGCUCUGUGAAGUCGUGGCCGGAUCGAUACAAAAUCAGGAGGCGCUUUGCACAUGGCUUGCCGGCACCUUCCUGGCCGUGAGGGCCCGCAAG